AUGCAUAAAACAUAUUCUUUAAGAGAAGCGAGAGCUCCUACUGCUUCUCAAUUGAUUAAUCCACCUCCACCUCCCUCUUCAACAAAAUCAAGGUUUUUUGGAAGAGGUGGGGUUGCAAACACUUUUCGACGCAACACUGCAGGUGCCUUUGGUCCUGAAUUAUCAAGAAGGUUGGCUCAAUUGGUCAAGGUGGAGAAGAAUAUUCUAAGAUCCAUGGAAGUCGCAGCCAAUGAAAGAAGAGAUGCUGCCACUCAGUUAUCGUUAUGGGGUAUGGAAAAUGAUGAUGAUGUAUCAGAUAUUACUGAUAAAUUGGGUGUUUUGAUCUAUGAGAUUAGUGAUUUGGACGACCAAUUCAUCGAUAGGUAUGAUCAAUACCGUUUAACGUUGAAGUCAAUUAGAGAUAUUGAAUCUUCAGUGCAACCUUCCAGAGAUAGGUCUGACAGAUUGACAGACAAAAUUCACCUUUUAAGAUACAAAGACCCAUUAUCUCCCAAGAUUGAAAUUUUAGAACAGGAAUUAGUAAGAGCCAAAGCAGAAUCACUAGUAGCAGAAGCUCAAUUAUCGAAUAUUACAAGAGCAAAGUUAAGAGCAGCCUUCAAUUAUCAAUUUGAUUCCAUUAUUGAGCAUUCUGAAAAGAUUGCUCUUGUUGCAGGAUACGGUAAAGCAUUGUUAGAAUUGUUGGAUGAUUCUCCUGUGACUCCAGGUGAAACAAGGCCUGCUUAUGAUGGGUAUGAUGCAUCAAAACAAAUUAUUAUAGAUGCAGAAACUUCGUUACAAGAAUGGACUUUGGAUUCUGCCAUAGUAAAACCUACUUUAAGUAUUAAACAAUUUGCUCAAAGCAAUCCAGAGGAGGAGGAAGAUGAGGAAGAGGAAGGAGAAGAGUAUGAAGGAGAAGAUAAUAUCGAAGGAGAAUUGUACCUUGAUUCAGAUAGUGAAGAACACCAAAAGGGAAAAAUAAUGGAAAUUGAUGAUGAAGGUCGGUAUAUUGAUUAUGAUGAUGAACUUGAAGGUGGAGAGGAGGAUGAGGAAGAAGAAAUGGGGAUUCAGGAUGAUUAUUUCGAUUCAGAUGGGAACGGCCGUCAAUGCGCAGAGCACCAUCCUGCUCAUAAUCACUCUACCAAUCAUUCUUCUCAUUAUAAACAUCAUGGCCAACCGGUUAAAGAUAUUGGCAAUAAAAGAUAUCAAAAUGACCAUUAUGGGAUGCAUCACAGGCAACCUCACCAUAAUCAAUAUGAAUAUAUUGAUGAAGAAAUUGAAUCUGAUGGUGAAUAUGAAGAUGUUCAAGAACAUUGGUACCCAGAAGAUACUCUCCCUCAUCAUCCUAGAAUGAUGGUAGUUUAA